GUAUCCUCUUCUUUAAGUCAUAGCUUACUUUGUUCUCCAUGUUCUCUUUCAGAUCCUUCCUUUUUCUCUCAGUCACCUCCUUUCUAUCUGUUUCUUUCCCAUGGCUUUAGCUACUAGAAAAGCGUCGUUUUUACCUUUUCUUCUUCUUCUUCUUUUCGUUACAAUUAAUCCAUCAAAUUCAGCCACUGAUACCUUCGUUUUCGGUGGAUGUUCGCGGCUCAAGUUCAUUUCAGGCUCUCCUUAUGAGUAUAACGUCAACUCCAUACUCACUUCCCUAGUCAACUCGGCCACAUUCACCUCUUACAACAACUUCACCGUGCCAGCAUCUGGCUCCGCCUCUCAGGACACCGUUUACGGUCUCUUCCAGUGCCGUGGCGACCUCAGCAACGGAGACUGUGGCCGCUGUGUAGCUAAAGCGGUGAGUCAACUCGGCACUCUUUGCCUUGACUCGACCGGUGGCGGGUUGCAACUCGAAGGGUGUUUCGUUAAGUACGAUAAUACAACAUUUUUGGGCGUGAAGGACAAGACUGUGGUGGUGAGAAGAUGUGGGCCGUUGAUUUCGACUUCCUCGGACGCGUUGGCUCGACGUGAUGCGGUAUUGGGUUACUUGGGAGCGAGUGACGGGACUUACAAGCCGUUUCGGAUUGUCGGGUCAGGGGACGUACAAGGUGUGGCUCAGUGUGUAGGGGAUUUGAGCCCCAGCGAGUGUCAAGAUUGCUUGUCGGAGGCAAUCGGACGACUCAAAACAGAUUGUGCGGCAGCCAAGUGGGGCGACAUGUAUUUGGCUAAGUGCUACGCUCGGUACUCGGAAGGCGGAGACCACUCGCACGGCGGAAACGACACAAAUAAUAAUGAUGAUGAGAUUGAGAAGACGCUAGCAAUUCUGAUUGGACUCAUUGCCGGAGUUGCCUUGCUCGUAGUAUUUGUAUCAUUCCUAUCAAAGCUAUGUGAAAAAGAUGGAAAAGGUGGUAAAUAAAAACACCGUUUUUCA